CUGGCCACCAAGCACGGCCUUCCCUCUGGGAACACGCCCUCAGCCAGAAGGGAGAACCCAGCAAGGUGCCUUCAGAACUCUGAUCCAGACCUUCCAAAGGAGGGUGACGCCAGUAUCCUUACCUCUCUCCACACACCUGCAGACAUGCCUCCUCAGCUGCAUAAUGGUCUGGACUUCUCUUCCAAGGUUGUCCAGGGUAGCCUGGACAGCCUGCCCCGGGCAGUGAGGGAGUUCGUGGAGCAGAGCACCCAGCUGUGCCAGCCAGAACAUAUCCACAUCUGUGAUGGCUCAGAGGAGGAGUAUGGGAGGCUGCUGGGACUCAUGCAGGAUGAGGGUAUCAUCCGCAAGCUGAGGAAGUACGAUAACUGCUGGUUGGCUCUCACCGACCCCAGGGAUGUGGCCAGGAUCGAAAGCAAGACGGUCAUCAUCACCCAGGAACAGAGAGACACAGUGCCCAUCCCCAAAACCGGCCUCAGCCAGCUGGGCCACUGGAUGUCAGAAGAGGACUUCGAGAAAGCAUUCGAUGCCAGGUUCCCAGGAUGCAUGAAGGGUCGUACCAUGUAUGUCAUUCCAUUUAGCAUGGGACCACUCAGCUCGCCUCUGGCCAAGAUUGGCAUCGAACUGACAGACUCACCCUAUGUGGUAGCCAGCAUGAGGAUCAUGACUCGGAUGGGGACACCUGUGCUGGAGGCCCUGGGCGACAAGGAGUUUAUCAAGGGCCUCCACUCUGUGGGGUGUCCUCUGCCCUUAAAAAAGCCUUUAGUCAACAACUGGGCCUGCAACCCCGAGAUGACCCUGAUUGCUCACCUCCCGGACCGCAGAGAGAUUGUCUCAUUUGGAAGUGGAUAUGGUGGGAACUCGCUGCUCGGGAAGAAGUGUUUUGCACUCCGGAUUGCCAGCCGGCUGGCCAAGGAGGAAGGGUGGCUGGCAGAGCACAUGCUGAUCCUAGGCAUAACCAACCCUGAGGGCAGAAAGAAGUACCUGGCAGCAGCUUUCCCCAGCGCCUGCGGGAAGACCAACCUGGCCAUGAUGAACCCUACUCUCCCUGGAUGGAAAGUCGAAUGUGUGGGUGAUGACAUCGCCUGGAUGAAGUUUGAUGCCCAAGGUAACUUAAGGGCUAUCAACCCAGAAAAUGGCUUCUUUGGGGUUGCCCCUGGCACCUCUGUGAAAACAAAUCCCAAUGCCAUCAAGACCAUUCAAAAAAACACCAUCUUCACCAACGUGGCUGAGACCAGUGAUGGGGGUGUUUACUGGGAAGGCAUUGAUGAGCCGCUGGCCCAGAGUGUCACCAUCACCUCCUGGAGAAACAAGGAGUGGAGUCCACAGGAUGGGGAACCUUGUGCCCAUCCCAACUCGAGAUUCUGCACCCCUGCUAGCCAGUGCCCCAUCAUUGAUCCUGCCUGGGAGUCUCCAGAGGGUGUGCCCAUCGAGGGCAUCAUCUUCGGUGGCCGCAGACCUGCAGGCAUCCCCCUGGUCUAUGAAGCUCUCAACUGGCAGCAUGGCGUGUUUGUGGGGGCAGCCAUGAGGUCAGAGGCCACAGCUGCUGCUGAACACAAAGGCAAGGUCAUCAUGCAUGACCCCUUUGCGAUGCGGCCUUUCUUUGGCUACAACUUUGGCAAGUAUCUGGGUCACUGGCUGAGCAUGGCCCACCGUCCAGCAGCCAAGCUGCCCAAGAUCUUCCAUGUCAACUGGUUCCGGAAGGGCAAAGAUGGCGAGUUCCUCUGGCCGGGCUUUGGAGAGAACGUCCGGGUACUGGAGUGGAUGUUCAACAGGAUUGAUGGAAAAGACUGCGCCAAGCUCACACCUAUCGGCUAUGUCCCUAAGGACAACGCCCUGAACCUCAAAGGCCUAGGGGACGUCAAUGUGGAGGAACUGUUCGGAAUCUCCAAGGAGUUCUGGGAGAAGGAGGUGGAGGAGAUUGAGAGGUAUCUGGAAGAUCAAGUGAAUGCCGACCUUCCCUAUGAAAUUGAGAGAGAGCUCCAGGCCCUGAAGCAAAGAAUCAGCCAGAUAUAAUGAGAAGCUGGGGGUGCCUUUAGAGUUAGCCCUUCCCACCCAGAGCAUGGGCUGGGAGCUGGAGGAAACCAGCCUGCCCCAGCUUCCAGAUAGCAACCACAAGGCUGAGCAGAUCAGAAAAGCACCGUUCAUUAGUCAGAUGAGAACCACAGGGAAGAGCAGAGACAGUGAGACUGGGAGGGAAAAUCACAACACGCCUCCGAAAUUCACAUCCGACACAGAUUUUGUUGAACUUCAAGGUCACUCAGGAAUCCAGUUUUUCACUUUAGCUGUAGCAGUUAGCUGAAAUGCUUAAAAAAAUACUUGAGCUGUAUAUUUAUAUGUGUGUGCAUGUGUGUGUGUGUGCGUGUGUGUGUGCGUGCGUGUGUGUGUGUGUGUGUGUGUGUACCCAUCUGUCCUGUUGUCUACAAUAUAUUUAAUACCUUCAGAAAAAAAAUUCUUGGGCAAGUUUCUCCACUAGUUGCUAUUAGGAAGACAUGUUGCUUUGUUACUAUGUUUAAAUUAUUUUUAUAUACUGCCCUUCCUUAUGUUUCUUUACAUAAUCACAAUAGGUACCCUGAUCAGUUCUAGGGGAAAAAAAAAAUCACAAAAUAAAUUUUUAUAGAAAAGGUG